UCCUCAUGCUCUCAGACGUGCCGCGGAGCUUCCUGGUUGAUGCCAAGGAAGGCGGUAUCAGACGGCAAAAUUCACUCCAUAUCCAAAAUCGCUCCAACCGACGACGACCGCCCUAUCCAAGAGCCGCUCAUUCUCGUCUGUAUCAGCCAACAUGGCGUCGACUACGGAAGAGAACUCCUACCAUCCUAAGGAUGCCAUUGCGGCGGCCAGCAAGACCACCCUACUGACCGGUGGAAUUGGUCUGUUCGCCUCGGCCGUCCAGAACACUCUGGUGAAGAAGAAUGUCGGACCGUGGGGUGUGUUUACGAGAACCGGCGGCACCAUUGGUAUUUUCGCGGCGAUGGGUGGUACAUAUGAGUUCGUGAAGACCGCUUCCGCCAACCUGCGUGAGAAGGAAGACCCCUGGAACGUUGCUCUAGGAGGCUUCUUCUCCGGCUCAGUUCUCGGCCUUCGAGCCCGUACCUUCCCCGCCGUCUUCGGAUACGGCGCUGCCCUGGCGGCGGCACUGUAUGCCUUUGAGUACACCGGAGGUUCUCUGCGAGGCUACGAGAAGGACCGCAGCGUGGACGAAUUUGAGAGACUGGAGAAGCUGAGGAAGGCAUACAGAACACCGGCAGAGGAGACUUUCGCUGAAUUGGGCGAAGGAAGAGGUAUCUACGCCCCUGGCUACGCUGAACGCCGUCGGGAGCGUAUCAAGCAGGCAUACGGCAUCGAUGUUCCCGCAACUGCUGCUCCCGCGUCUUGAGAUUGGCAUCCUCUGGACUGGCCCAGUUUGUUGCGUCAAAACGUCUUCAUGUAAUAUACCUGCACACAUACCAGGGUGUCAAGAGAGCUCACCCAGCUUACAACACGAUUUCUUUUCUGUUUGCGACCUGUUUAUUUCCCGUUACGAUUGGCAGUAGGAUCGCACAGGACACAGCGUC